GGCCCUGGUCGGUGAUCGCAUGUAUUGCUUUACAUAGAGUUAGGGUGGUAUAUAAAGACGGAGGCACACUGACAGAUUGUUGGCCGGUGAGCUCUCAUGUGGGCAACACUGCUGCGAGUAUCUCACUUUUCUAAAAUUUACUAACUACCAUUGAAUGACCGGCCAAACCAGACAAUAUCAUUACGACUUUCUACCUCAGACAAAAGAUUGCUAACCACGUUUCUACUGACAAAUACACCGAGAGGGCUGGCUGUGAUAUAAGAAUCGGAGAGCGUACCUUGUGAAACGUUACAUGUGGACUGUGUCUUAUUUAUUCUCUACAGGAAAUAUCUCUGAAUUAAUAUCGAGUUGUUUUCAUCUUAAUUUAUAACAGUGAUCAUCCGAUCUUUGAGGAAGAUGAACAUGUUGAUGUGUUGUGAGACAGAACAGCUCCGGAGAGCUUACAAGGACCCUGUGCUACUGGAAGAUGAUCGUGUUCUCAACAACUUACUUAUAACAGAAGAUCGAUAUCAGCCUUCGCCAACUUACUUCAAAUGUGUACAAACAGACAUUAAACCAUACAUGAGGAAGAUGGUCGCCGAAUGGAUGUUAGAGGUUUGUGAAGAACAGAAAUGCGAAGAGGAAGUUUUUCCACUAGCAAUGAAUUAUUUGGACAGAUUCUUAUCUGUGAUGGACAUUCCCAGGAAUAGGCUACAACUUCUUGGAUGUGUGUGCAUGUUUCUGGCAUCAAAAUUAAAGGAAACGAAUCCACUUACUGCAGAAAAACUUAUUGUCUACACAGACAACUCUGUUGGAAUCGAGGAAUUGAUGGUACAUAUUGCUUUGUGAUUAAAAUACCGGAAUUACACUUGUGAAUUAAAUCAUAUUUAUUACUGGACCCCUGUUUUAGAUAUUAA